GAUUUUUGUGGUAAAAGUACAACAGUAACAUUUUCAUGCAGGCUAUAAAUAUUGGAGCUUGAAGGUCCUGAAGACCACCACAAUAAUGAACAAGAUGGCAACAGUAGAGGAGAAAGGUCGCCCAGUUGAAAAGAUCAAGGGAGGAAUGGUGACUAUGCCUUUCAUUUUUGCAAAUGAAGUAUGUGAGAAGUUGGCUGUGGUUGGAGUUGGAAGUAACAUGCAAAGCUACUUAACAAAGCAGCUGCAUAUGUCUUUAACCAAGGCUGCUAAUACUACUACCAACUUCUCUGGAACCGCCAGUCUCACACCAUUGAUUGGUGCAUUCAUUGCUGAUUCAUUUGCGGGAAGGUUUUGGACCAUUACUGUUGCUUCAAUCUUCUACCAAAUAGGAAUGGUUAGCUUGACAACAUCAGCAAUAUUACCAAAACUGAGGCCUCCCCCAUGCAAAGUUAAUGAAUCAGUGUGCCAAGAAGCCAAUUCUGGCCAACUUGCCAUACUCUACAUAUCUCUCUUGCUAGCUGCAAUAGGAGCAGGAGGCGUCAGACCUUGUGUGGUAUCAUUUGGUGCAGAUCAAUUUGAUGAGGCUGAUCCAGAGCAAAAAACCAAGACAUGGAAGUUCUUCAAUUGGUACUAUUUCUGCAUGGGGGCAUCUAUGCUUGUUGCAGUAACAGUAGUUGUUUACAUCCAGGAUUAUAUUAGCUGGGGAUGGGGCCUCGGAAUACCGACAGUUGCAAUGGCCCUCUCAAUUAUUGCCUUCAUAUUUGGCUACCCUUUGUACAGAAACUUGGACCCAGCCGGUAGCCCUUUCACAAGACUAGUACAAGUCUGUGUGGCUGCCUACAGGAAAAGAAAUCUUUCUAUGCCCUCUGAUCCCACAUUGCUUUAUGAAAAUCAAGAUCUUGAUGCUGGAAUAUCUCUUGGUGGAAGGCUUAUGCAUACUAAACACAUGAAGUUUUUUAGCAAGGCAGCAAUUGUGACAGAAGAAGACGAUCCCAAAGCACCAAAUUGGUGGAGGCUGAACACAGUUCACCGUGUAGAGGAGCUAAAAUCAGUGAUCCGAAUGGGACCAAUAUGGGCAUCUGGAAUCCUUCUCAUCACUGCAGCUGCUCAGCAACACACAUUUUCAUUAUCACAAGCAAAAACCAUGAAUCGUCACCUAACAAAAACCUUCCAAAUCCCUGCAGCAUCCAUGGGUGUCUUCACCUUAUCAUGUAUGCUCCUCACAAUUGGUGUAUACGAUCGCAUUUUGGUCCCAGUAAUUCGUCGCUUCACCGGGCUAGAACGUGGCAUAACAUACCUUACCAGAAUGGGAAUUGGAUUUGCCAUUUCAAUACUAGCCUCAUUCGUUGCUGGAUUUGUUGAAGUCAAGCGAAGACGGGCAGCUUUCGCGUACGGACUAGAAGACAAACCUCAAGAAAUGAUCCCGAUUUCAGUGUUUUGGCUAGUUCCACAGUAUUGCCUUCAUGGGAUGGCUGAAGCAUUUAUGUCAAUCGGUCACCUUGAGUUCUUGUAUGAUCAAGCUCCAGAGAGCAUGAGGAGCACCGCUACUGCAUUUUUCUGGUUGGCAAUCUCAAUGGGGAGUUAUACAAGCACCUUUUUGGUGUCAAUUAUUCACAAGUUCAGUGCAGGCCCUGAUGGAUCAAAUUGGCUUCCGGAUAACAAUUUGAACAGGGGAAAAUUGGAGUACCUUUAUUGGCUGAUAACAUUGCUGCAAGUUGCAAACUUGGUGUACUACUUGGCAUGUGCAAAAUUCUACACUUUCAAGCCAAUUCAGGUGCAUGCCCAGGAGGUUGAUUGCUCAGAAGAAGAUGGGAUCGAGCUAAGGAAUCGUGUUUAGAUACUAUAAUCUGAUUUCAAUACAAUAUUACAUGCCGAUGUCUUUUUAGUUGUUGUAGGCUUAGUAGUAUUUAUGGAGGAGUGCUAUGAAUUCCAUAUAGUUGUAGCUGACAUGAGAACAUGCAGGUGUCCUCCUCUGUUCUUCAAGUAAAGUUCUUUCUUUUUCUCCA